CAUCGUGAUCGUGUCAUUGUCUGCGGUCAGAUCGAGUGGUGAUGGGGAAGGGAAGAAAUAGAAGCAAAGUGGGAAAGUGAAAGAGGGAGACGCAAAGUCUGGCAGGGGCGCAAACUCGUUUUGAGGAGAGGGUUAGCUCGGGAGCGGCCAAGAGGGGACGAAGACGAGCUAGGGGCUGGAAGGGCGCUCAGAUGCGGCGCAGGUGGGGGUGAGUCGAGAUUGGCUUUUCGCGAGCGUGAAACUCAGUAGUACGCUACCACCCACGCAUGUAGUACGCACGUUCGCUCCACGUGUGCCCCGAACGAGAACGAUCCUCGAUUUUACGCGACCUGCGAGAAUCGGAUAGUGUCCCUUUAUCACCCUGGUGCCAGGUCGAGCGAUUUCGAGCGGUUUCAAGAGGGUACAUCGACGAAAUCCAGUGAUCUGCAAUUUGAAGAUUCAUAAAUAAUCAAUCGAUCAUUUAAACGGAUCGAGAAGAGCGUAGAUCGGGCAGGAACAAGAGAAGAUACAAGAAGAUAGAAGCUUGAAGUUGCACGAGUUUGUAGAGAAGGAAGAAUAGAGGAAGAAUCUCGAACGUGAUAAUAGGUUCGUAUUAUUUGAAAUUAAGUAUUCGUAUCUGCAUCGAGGAAACGUUGGACGUCGUAAGGUUUGGAAGAAGAACGCCUGGCACCGGGAGGAUCGAAUGAAAACGCGGAAUAGGAUGCGAAGGGUUCGUAUUCGAUGAAGAUCGAGCUUACGCGCAGUAGAAGAGAUGGAACGAGAAGCUGCACGAUUAUUUUGCUGAUCGACGCGUCAGCGUUCCUUUCGCGGCAGAAAUCUAAGAUGAAAAUCCGCUCGGCGGGACGAGACAUUUUUUCAAGUGGCGCGCUGACGACGCUGCCUCUGCGACUCGCAGCUGAGAAUCCUGAUCGUUAGCACCUUUAAGAGACCGUUCCUGAAGAUCGAGAAUCAGCCAUCGUCUUCGACAAACUCCGCUUAAAAUGUCUGGAACGGAGGCACAUGGCGGUGAUACGAGUCCCACGCGUCAGCCAAGACAGAGUAGAAUUCACAGCGUCGGGUUACCGGCACGAACAUCCCUGCUUCCGGAACCCCCGCCCGCCGGAAGUGGCGCUCCACCGCCGAUACCACGCCGCCAUUCCGCAACACCUACGGUUGCUCCGCCACCGAUACCACUGCGGCCGCCAGCGAUCCCAAAACGGAGCAAAAACGAGAAACCGAUCCCGAUACAACUGCCGACGAGACAGGAGGGUCAGACGAAUCGACGGAAAGCCAGCGAUCCAGCUCCACCUUCUACGUCGAUUUUAUCCUCUUCUUGGACUCACGAUACGAACAACGAGAAGUUAAUCGAUCUGGGUCCGUUGCAGGCUCAGGAUCAACCGGACAACCAAGAAUAUACGUUGAAUUUUAGCAACAAGGAAACGCAAAAUAAUAAUGAAGAGAACGAUUUUGUGGCGGACUUCGACAAGGCGAAUUUUGAAGAGGAUUGCAAGCCGAAUGAGAAAUCCAGUUUCGAAGAGUUACAGAAGGCGUCGAAAGAUUUAGAGAAGAGAUUGCACGAGAGAAUCGUGAAGAGCGCCGAGUCGAAGUUCAAGGAUCAGGCUAGAGAAGGAAGACAGAGACAGGGGGCGAAUGUGCAGAAUAACAGGCUUCAGUCGUCGAAGACGGGGAAGGAAGGUUGCAAGGAAACUGCAGACAGAAAGUCUCGGGAGAAAAUUGCUAUGUCCCGGAGGGAGGUCCUGCAGGACGACGAGACGAAGUUUGCAGCCCUGGUGAGGUUGCAUCGCGAAGCAGAGAAGAGAUGCAAGUUCGAAGAGCUUCAAGCCGCUUCCAGAAAGCUUGAGAGACGGCUAUACGAGGAGGACGAUCACCUCAGAGCGAACAAGGAGAGGUCUAUCGGCAGGUACGAGGAGCAGAAAUCCGCGGAAACGGGACCGCGCGGGAAACACGAGCCGGAGAUGGAUAGGGUCAGGAAUAUUUUGCAGCACAAUCUGAGGAAGGAAAGGAACUGCGAAAAAUUGGAAAAGCUACCGAAGGCGACACAGACGAACCUUCCGCCACCCCUGAGCGCGAUCUCACAGAGCUCCGUACCAAAGCCUAUCAGCGUUCGACAGGACAGCAAUGUUUCUUCGGAUAGCUUCAGUCAGACUAGCUCGCCUAGUUAUACCAGCAAGACCAUGGAGGCUCCUCUUCUACCCCAUAAAUACGGAAAAGUACCAGAUAGGGCACUGGUGUCGGAGCCGGACAGUUCGUCCGGACGAACGAUCACCAAAUCGACCAGCACACCAGCGAGCCUGCAAGCAAUCGUCAGAGUUCACGGUGGUAACAACGGCUCCUUGCAUCACAAGAUAAUCAGUGACAUGACUAGCAGACAUUAUGUGACUAACGGCAGCCUGCGCUUCAGAUUCGUGCAGGUAUUUUUCAAUGCUGUCGCGUUGUUGAUCAUCGCCGGAGGUCUGACCAUUUACUUCAAGUCGUAUCCAGAGACGCUUAUACGAGUAGAGAACAAAACGAUCUACACGAACAUGGUCACGUUCACGGAACGAGUUCCAGCGGUGACCGAGGAAAGGAAUCCGGCACCAGGAGUGUGUCUGCCCGUAAUCGUGACCUUCUGCAGGUACCAUAAGAUCCCGUAUAAUUUCACCAUCUUCCCGAAUUACAUGGGCAAUUUCGGGCAACGCGACGCCCAGCACGAGCUAGAGCUUUAUGGUGCCGUGAUCGACGUCAAAUGCUACGAAUUGGCCGCUCUCUUUCUAUGCAGCGUUUUUGUGCCGAAAUGCGGAUCUCGGGGCCACGUGGUGCGACCCUGCCGUAGCCUCUGCUUUCAUACCAAGAGACGGUGUGGGUUUUUCCUGGAAGUGUUCGGCCUGACUUUGCCGGAGUAUCUGGAAUGCGAUCUGUUCCCUGAGAAUUCCAAUCCGGACGAGUGCGUGGGACAUCAAGAAGUGCUGGAGGCAGCUCGAAGAGCUGAAAGACCUGUAUGCACCAGUGGGUUCCAAUGCGAUGGGACCAGAUGCAUUCCGGUUGACUGGCGAUGCGACGGCUACUUGGAUUGUGCGGAUCACAGCGACGAGACUGAAUGCGGCGAGUGUGCAGCCUCCUCUUCCUCUUCAUCCUCCUCCGUUAACAGCACAAAGAUCAUGAAGAAACCCAUCCUGGCGAUGAACACUAUGUCCAAGUCUGCUUUGCAUUGCGGGGAAAGAAGGUGCAUGUCGGCUAACCACAUCUGCAACGGGGAGAUGGAUUGUCCUUGGGGUCAGGAUGAGCGAUAUUGCCUGAGACUGAGUCAAAGAAAUGGUGACGUAGGUGAAGGAAGGCUGGAGGUGUACCACGCAGAAAUGGGCAAGUUCAUGCCAGCCUGUAUCCCUUACUGGGAUUCGAAUUCCGCUAAAACCAUCUGCUCCAUGCUCGGAUACACGGCGCCGCUUUCAUCCAGGUUGAUGGCGCAAGGUAUGAAUCUUACUCAAAGAGAAUCUAAGACACACCGGACGAACCUUCUAAAAGAAUUUCAAGAAUGUAUCACGGAUCAAGAAGCCUAUCCAACUGCUGAGUUAACUUGUUCAGAAUAUGCUUGUGGACGGAGAAACACGGUUUAUGGGCACGUGAAAGCGAAAACGAGAAUCGUAGGUGGUGUAGAAUCAGCUCCUGGCGAUUGGCCGUUUCUAGCAGCUCUUCUUGGAGGUCCUGAACAGAUCUUCUACUGCGCUGGGGUUCUAAUCGCAGAUCAGUGGGUUCUCACUGCGUCUCAUUGCGUGGGAAAUUACACUGAUAUAACUGGGUGGACGAUACAACUGGGGAUUACUAGAAGACAUUCGCACACUUACCUUGGUCAGAAGCUGAAAGUGAAAAGAGUCGUUCCUCAUCCAGAUUACAAUGUAGGUGUCGCUCAGGACAACGACGUGGCUCUUUUUCAGUUGGAAAAACGAGUCCAGUUUCACGAACAUCUAAGACCAGUCUGUCUGCCAACAGCUGAUACCCAUCUAAUACCUGGAACACUGUGCACUGUGAUUGGCUGGGGAAAGAAAAACGAUACCGACUCUUCUGAAUACGAGCUAGCUGUGAACGAAGUUCAAGUUCCAGUCUUAAACAGAGAAGUGUGUAAUCUGUGGAUCACGUACAAGGAAUUGAACGUCACCGAUGGAAUGAUAUGUGCUGGAUAUCCGGAUGGAGGGAAAGACGCGUGCCAGGGCGAUUCCGGAGGUCCUCUGCUGUGCCAAGACGAGCAAGACAAAGAGAAAUGGUUCGUAGGUGGAAUAGUUAGUUGGGGUAUAAUGUGUGCUCACCCGAAACUACCAGGGGUGUACGCUUAUGUGCCAAAGUACGUGCCCUGGAUUCGCAGUGAGAUGGCCAAGUACUCUGACAUAGGUAUGGGCUAAUUAAAGAAUAAAGAUCGCGAUGACGAUGACUCGCGUUAAUAGGAGUCAUUCACCGAAGAAGUAUUCAGGUAUUUAGUUAAGACAAUAAUUUGAAUGACAAUAAGUCUGGUCAAGAAACUAAAGAACUUUGUUAGGUGUCAUGAAAAAGUAUUUUGAAGGUAUUAGUAAUUAUACACUUAGGUAGACGCGAUUAUUCCAGCCGUUUGUGUUGAUAUGUUAGCUUAUAAAGAUUCCAGUUUAUUACCAGGACAAAAUGUAAACAUAUUGAUACAAAUUCCCUUUUGAAUAGCACAUUUUGAAACAUUGUACAUUGAUGAAUCUUUCGAGAAUAUCUUUCUCUAUAAAGACGAUGCAAUCUUAAUUACGACAGACGCCUCGAGUUCAAAGUCUUCGUAUUCCGUUUAGCUAUGAAACUUUCUCCUUUCAACAAGUAUUUUUACCGUGAACUCCUAGUUCUAAUAAUCCAUGUACGAUUAUUUAAACAAAGUUCAGAGUCAAAGUAGGAAGUUGGUUGACGUAGAUUAAGCAACGGUUUCGUAUCUUUCCGAUUUCCUACGACAAUAGCUUUAAGCAAUCAAUUUAGACUUUUGCAUUCUAUUUCCAUUUCUAUGCAGAGGGUACUUUGAAACUUCAGAAUAGACAAACGUCGACAAAUUUCGAUUCUACGUUGAACAAUUUCUAAAAGCUUCUUUUACACUUUAACGAUAAGAAAUUUAGGUAAGAAUGCAAAAGCAAAGGUGAAAUAAGCGGAAACAUAUUAAGGAGAAAGAAAGCUUCAGACAACGAGCUCUCGUCGCCAUUUUCUAGAAAGUCAACGCCCGCUUCUACUUUGAAAAAAGAAAAAUCAAAAUCAAAGUAAGUUAAGCAAAACUGUGCGCAAAUUUCCCGUCGAAGUUAGAGGCGGUCAAAAUUCUGCAUCAGAUGCGACAAAAUAAUUACAGGAAAAAAAAGAGAUAAGAAAGAAAAUUUUCUAUCACCGUCGGUUUUUCGAGGAACCGCGUACGUGCCACCAAGUGGUCGAUAAUUCAAUGGGUGUGCGUUUUACUAAAGAACGUCUCUGUUCAAUGGCAAAUUUCGAAACUAUGGCAAUUAAAAAUGAUCAUAAAAUGAAUAAACGGAUCGUGAUUUCUAUACAAAAGAUGCAAGAUGAAUUAAGACACGGUCGCUUCUGCUUUUAAAAAACUGCUAGGGAUACUUUUGUACGAGUUUUACAAACGCACACCCAACGUAGGUAAAAUAC